UCCAGCGCUCGGCGAAGGCUGCCAGGCUGCGGUCUCGGCCCCGCUGCGCUCGCCAUGUGGGUUCAGUUCGCCCCGCUGCGCUUGCCCCUCCGGCGGCGUCUCCAAACCGCCGCCGUCCUCCAGUGGGUCUUCUCUUUCCUGGCCUUAGCGCAAUGCUGCUUGGUGCUGUACCUGGUGCUGCUGCUGGGCGAGGGCUGGGCGCUGGCCGUCCUCUACGCGGCCUGGCUCUACCUGGACUGGGACACGCCGGCCCGCGGGGGUCGCCGAUCGGCCUGGGUGCGCCGCUGGACCCUCUGGCGCUACUUCCGCGAUUAUUUCCCUAUCAAGCUGGUGAAGACAGCCCAUCUGGAUCCAUCCCACAAUUACAUCUUUGGCUUCCACCCACACGGGGUGCUGGUCGCCGGUGCCUUUGGGAAUUUCUGCACGGAGGCCACGGGCUUCUCGGAGCAGUUCCCGGGCCUCACCCCCCACUUGCUGAUGCUGCCCUUCUGGUUCAAGGUGCCUUUCUUCCGGGACUACAUUAUGUGUGCAGGGCUGGUUUCCUCAGAGAAGGCCAGUGCCUGCUACCUCCUGGGCCAGGAACGCCGGGGCCAAGUUGCGGUGGCCGUGGUCGGAGGGCCCCCAGAGUCCUUGGAUGCCCGCCCAGGCGCUCUCACCCUCCAGGUCCUCAGCCGCAAGGGGUUCAUUAAAACCGCACUGCAGCAGGGAGCUGCCCUGGUCCCUGUUUUCUCCUUUGGGGAGAAUGAGCUGUUCCACCAGGUCUCCAACCCCCAAGGUUCUGUCAUCCGUACCAUCCAGGAGCGGCUUCAGAAGGCCAUGGGGCUGGCCCUGCCCCUCUUCCAUGCCCGCGGCGUCUUCCAGUACAGCUUUGGCCUCCUUCCCUUCCGGAGGCCGAUUCACACCGUGGUGGGGGCCCCAAUCCUUGUGACCAAGACCCCACACCCCUCCCGGGAAGCCAUCGAUCACCUGCAUGCGACUUACCUGGAGAAGCUGGUCCAGCUCUUUGAGGAGCACAAGGGCAGGUAUGGGCUGGCCGAGGACAAACACCUGACCCUCAUUUAGAGGAGGAAGGGAGCCCCUCCUCCCUCCUCUCCCAGGAAUCAGGGCCCCAUGGAUGACGAUGCGGCUGAAGGGCUGAUCCUUCCUGAGGUCUCCGUAGCGGAACAGUUGCCCUGCCCUAUGCUUUUGCUCACCCGCUGGAGGGAGGAGGGAACGAAGCUUCACCAGCACAGGGGACUCUUUGGGGGGCUGUGGUGGCAGGGAAGACGCCUACACCCUGCGCGGAAGGACAGGCGCGUCCUGCCCUUCCAGGAGGGGAGGGGGCGAGGAGUCUGGGUGCCUGCAGGCAUCAUCCUUGUUGGGGAAGGUCUGCUUUAACGAUCCUCCUCCUCAUUUUGUCAUCCUCAACUGGGCUCCUGUGUGGUGCUGCCACCCUUCCUUCUGUACAAAAUGCUGGGUGCCUUGCUUUGUCUUGUGCAGAAAUAAAACGGGGAAGAACUUUCUGUAUGUCAAAA